AUGCCCACGACCGACGUCUACCGCGAGGCGGAGAAGCGGUGGCGCCACUCGCUCCAGGAGCCCGGCGAGGAACUAAUCGACUUUGAGCUCGCCGACGAUCGAGUCCGCCGGGUGGAUGUGGCGGCCGACGCGCCCGACUGGCUGCGCGGCGCGCAGCUGUACGCGUUGUGUGGUGUCGAUGGCUUCCGCUUCCUUCGCUGCCCGUUCUCGCCAGAGGAGGAGCUCCGCUGGAGCCACGCCGCCCUCGCCGCAUGGACGGAGCCCGAGGCGAGCGAGUCCAACCUCGACCUGACGCACGCCGGCGAGCGGGGCGCGCUGUGGGCGCAGCACGAGGCGGCGCCGUCCUCGUCGGCGCUGCGGCACCUGAGCUGGGUCACGCUCGGCUACCACUACCAGUGGAGCGAGAGGCGGUACGAUGAGGCGAGGCGCUCCCCCUUCCCGCCGGCGCUCGGCGCGCUAGGUGCUCGCAUGCACACCACGGCCCGCAGAUGA